AUCGCAAAAAAAUAAUUGGGUUUUUAUCGCAAAAUAUACGUUAGUUUAUUAAUACACUUUAAUAUAGUAAUAAACUUUGAGACGGACUUAAGAGGAAUGACCACCAAAUAUAUGAAUCAAAAAAGAUGCCGUCAAUUGAUUUCGAUGGCAAUGAUUAUUAUUAUCACCAAAAUGGUGCCAUCGGUCAGUUGUGCUAUAUAUGUGGGAUCUGGUGUUAUCGAUAUUAUAGUCUUAUCGGUUAUACUAUGCGUUUGUUGUGGUUGUUGUGGUGUCUGUCUAUGGCUAAUAUGUCGCGGUUUAACUAAACGUAGACGAGAUUCAAGUGGUAGUCAUUAUCAAUCACAACCACAACCUGUCAUUGUAUUUACCGGACAACAGACAGUGCCGAUACAACAACAGCAACAACAGCCACACCAACUACCAGUUCAAUCAACUGGUGGUCAGUUACCGGUGUCGCCGAGUGGCCAGACAGUAGUCUAUGUACCACAAAUACAACAACAAUCACCUGUCAAUGCAGGACAACAACAGCAGUCAUCACCAGUAGUUGUGAGACAAUCGGUUGACGGAAAACCAAUUGAUAAACAAAAGUCAUAAAAAAAGACAAUGACUGAUACGGCCAUCGGCGGCGGCGGCGGCGGCGGCUUUGCAAUGGUAGUCGGACCCCGAUUUGCACCGCUGGCCAAACCAGUGUGUCUGCAACGACUCGAACGGGCACUACGUUUGGACGGUUUAGUAGCACAGGUCGAGAGGACACUCAACGAUAAGAGUUUGGACGAAGAGCUGAACACAACGGUCUCUAAACAGCAAUCGAAAGCAGUGAAGACACGAAUCUAUAAUUUGUCGAAAGUCAAGAAAAACAAGAAAUGGCUUAAAAAUAUACUUUUGGAUAAAACAGACGACGAAGACGACGACUCGUCCGCUAAUUCGGACAUUGAAUCCGAACUGAAAGCCGACGAUUGUAUUCGCGAAAUGCUUCGCUUUCAUAGACUCGAUAAGAAAGUUCGCAAAGAGUGUAGACUUCAAACUGAUCCGCAACAACAACUCAUGCAAUAUCAACACUACAGUACAAGUCUAUUGAAUCCAAUUCAAGAACAGUUUAUGGUAUCAACCAAUACUAAUAAGACUCCAAACAGUCGAUCAAAAUCAGCCAAAGUUUCUGUCUCUAAGUCUAAGAAAUCUAAAACAACAACAACAACAAUAACAACACCAGCAAUUGCUGUCAUCUCAAACGUUACCACUAAUAAUGCGGCGAUAGAAGUGAAAACCGAGGACACAAACAACACUAAUUUACCCACAAUUACUGAUCCGCUGGCACUGCUCGACAAACCGAUAAAAGUGGAAAAGAUUGGAUUGGAUGACAUCACAUAUGAUACACAAUUGCCAAAAGAAAUACUUCAAACGGAAAGUUCAAAUACAUCACCAUUUGUGGAACUAUCGGUCACUUCUAGCUUUACUCAGUCAUCGAAUGUGACGAAUCUGUUGCCCGACGAUAUCUUUGACACUGAAGAGUCGUGCGGUUCAGUACUAUCUCAAACAUUAUCACAGCCAACACCCACACACCCGACGAUGACUAACUUUUCGAUGCCAAAGUGCGCAACAGCUCCGACAACACCGACUUGUUUAAGUCCAUCGACAUCACCUGUAUUGCCAUCGCGAGCGUCGAAACGAUCGACAAAGAAAAAAUCGACGACAACUUCACUGAUCAGUGACGAGUCCACUAUGAAUGCCCGCCGAAAACGUUUAUGGAUUACGAUUGCCCGCAAAGAGAUACCCAAACUUUACAAACAAAAACAAAUGUUGCGAAAGGAAGCGUUGAACAACUGCAAGAAGAUUGCCAAUUGGUGUCAACGCCAACAACGAAAGCGAACGCUUAUCCAUCAGAAACAGUUAUGUCGUGACCAAUACCCCAGAGCUCGACGGCUAACCAAAGAGAUGUUACUCUAUUGGAAACAUUUUGAUAAAGUGGAGAAAGAUUAUAGAAAAAGGGCUGAAAAGGAGGCACAGGAACAGAUGAAGUUCGAUAUUGAGCUUCUGGAGGCUAAACGACAACAACGUAAACUCAAUUUUCUUAUUACACAAACAGAAUUGUAUUCACAUUUUCUGUGCCGUAAGAUAUUGAGAUCAGCUGAAAGCCAAUCAUUAGAUAAACAACAAUCAAUUGUUGAACAGUUAGAUGAAAUACCGUUAACAUUGUCCAGCGGUUUAGUAGAUAACUAUGAUUCGGAUGAACAAAAACGCGAUGCUAUUAGCAAAGCCCAGACAGCACUGUUAGCUCAUCGUCACCGGACAACUGUUUUCGAUACUAAAAUAACUGACAAAUUAUCGACAGAUGUUUGCGUAUUAGAUCCGCAAAACAUGGCCGAAGAAGAAGAAGACUUAUCGCAACCCAAUCUGUUUUGCGGUUUUCUCAAAUCCUAUCAACUGAAAGGUGUGAAUUGGUUAUACAAUUUGUAUGUCAACGGAAUUAACGGUAUUCUGGCUGACGAAAUGGGUUUGGGAAAGACUGUCCAAACGAUUGCCUUUUUGGCCACUUUAACCGAAAGAUUGAAAAUUUGGGGUCCAUUUCUUAUAAUAGCUCCUACAUCGACACUACACAACUGGCAACAAGAGUUGACCCGAUUUGUGCCAAAGUUUCGUGUAUUGCCUUAUUGGGGAAAUCCUAACGACCGGAAAGCAUUGCGGAAGCUGUGGAACAAAUAUCUUCAUUGCGAAGAAUCGCCAUUUCAUGUACUAAUUACUAGCUAUCAGAUUGUCAUACAAGAUGCCAAAUAUUUUCAACCACUCAAUUGGCUUUAUAUGGUGUUAGACGAGGCACAGGCUAUCAAAAGCUCAUGCAGUCAGCGCUGGAAGCAUUUGCUAUCGUUUCAGUGCCGUAACCGACUACUCCUAACCGGAACACCCGUACAGAACAGUAUGGGUGAACUGUGGGCACUGUUGCACUUCAUAAUGCCUACAAUGUUUGACAGUCAUCAAGAAUUUGCCGAUUGGUUUUCAAAAGACAUCGAAAGUCACGCCGAAAACAAAUCAGCCAUCGAUGAGAAACAUUUGUCGCGAUUGCAUAUGAUUUUGAAGCCAUUUCUAUUGAGACGUUUUAAAAAAGAUGUCGAAAACGAAUUGUCCGACAAGAUUGAGAUGAAAUUGUUGUGUCCACUGACCACACGUCAGCGUCAACUGUAUUGCGCUCUUCAGCAUAAGCUAUCUCUCGACGAACUGGUGGCCACUAACGUACAAACGACUACAACUAGUCUCAUGAAUCUUGUGAUGCAAUUUCGUAAAGUCUGUAAUCAUCCGAAUUUGUUUGAAAGACGCCAAAUGGUGUCGCCGUAUGCCAUGAAAUUACAGACAUAUAUUCUUCCGAGUCUUAUCUAUGAAUCGGGUCUUUGUUUUGAUUCAUUUGAAUUUAAUUCAUUGAGACAUCAAUUAUUGUAUAAAGUUUUCAACAUUUUUAACUGUGAUUACAUUAAUGAAUCAUUACUCAAAAAUGACGACCCGUUUAAAUGUUUUUCAUUUAUGCCAUUAAUUGGCUUAACUGGUAGUCAACUGUUUAGACAAUUUGUUUGUACAAAUCUACUGAUUAAUUGUUGGCAAAACAUUUUACAUGAAAUAUCUUUGAGAUCUAAUUUCUACAACAAUAUUCAAUGGUCUGAAUCUGAGAACAGUACUAAACAAUUACUAUUAAUACCAUUGAAAACAACUUAUUUUUCACACAAUUACCACAAUAGACAACAAACAGAAUCCUCUAAUCUAUGGACUCAUAUGUUGUUUACUUGGUCUCAAAGUAGUUACAUCUAUACGUUUACUCGACAAUCGCUUCGCUAUAUAUCUGAUUCACUAAAAGAUCGUGAGAUGCGAUUGAAAGAAACAAAGAUAAGCAAAGAUGAACUGAACAAUAAAUGUGAUAAUUAUAACAGCGAUAGUGAGACACAAACAUCGCCAACGAUUAGCCGAUACCUCGACUCCAUUCAGAAGGUUCUGUGUCCACGUAUUUACGAUUGCGAACCCACAUCCAUACCAUUGUUUUUAUCCAUGAAUUGCUUGAAUCAGACAAAUGGUCUAAAAGUUAUUAGCCAACCGAUGCCUAUGUUUUCUCGCAGUAGACGUGCAAUGAAUCGUUAUUUUAUAGAAAUAAAAGGAGGAAAUGUUGAUAUAAAACAAUUACUGAUUACCGGUAAUGUCCUGACCGAUGGUCUGUACUUACAUUCACAUGAAAUAAUUGAAAAACAAAAGACACAAUUUUAUCCCCAACCACUUAACGGCAUACUAGGUCUACGUAAGCUGAAUGGUUGGUCUCCUAUUGAAGUACCCGAUCGAGAGUCUAUAGUUACAGAUUCGGGAAAAAUGAAAAUAUUAGACGAUUUGUUGAAAAAAUUGAAGAACGAAGGACAUCGGGUAUUGAUAUAUUGUCAGAUGACUCGUAUGAUUGAUCUGCUAGAAGAAUAUAUGUGUCUACGAAAGCACAGUUAUAUUCGUUUGGACGGCUCGUCAAAGAUUAGCGACCGACGAGAUAUGGUCGAAGAUUUUCAGAACAAAUCCGAUAUAUUUGUGUUUCUGUUGAGCACAAGAGCUGGCGGAUUGGGUAUCAAUUUGACCGCUGCCGACACUGUUAUCUUCUAUGACAGCGACUGGAAUCCAACUGUUGAUCAGCAGGCAAUGGACAGAGCACACCGAUUGGGCCAAACAAAACAGGUGACAGUUUACCGAUUGAUUUGUAAGGCAACUAUCGAAGAACGCAUUCUUCAGAGAGCUGAAGAAAAAUCACAAAUACAUCGUAUGGUUAUCAGUGUCGACACAUUCAAACCAGAUUUGCUUAAACCAACCGAAAUGGUCUCAUUGUUGCUCAACGAUGAAGAUCUUGAACGACGUUUUUGCCAACAACUCGAAGAACGACGGCUACAAAUAAAAGAAAGCACUGCAACCACAACAACAGCAACAACACCUGUCAAACAACAAACCAAACGUAAACUAAAAGCCAAACAAUCGUCGCCACAAUCAGCAAAAAAAAAAUGUUCGAAACGUUUUAAUCCGGAAAAUAAUGAAAUUUUUAAAGAUAUAUCCCAUUAUUCUGUGGAUGAUAUUGAGUCAUAUAAUGACAACGAAUCUGAAUCUAACAGUCCUUAUAGCGAACAAAUGCUUAGCAUUACAACUGAAGGCGACUGUAAUAAUGAUGAGUUGUAUGUCGACGACCACAACAGUCUCUCAUCAAUGUCUAGCCCUAUGUCCGGUUCGAGUGGCAGAAAAAAGUGUGGCGGAAGAGGUAGAGGUAGACCUCGAGGUUCAAAGACAAGGGCGACAGUAACCACCAGAUCUUCAUUAACAUCGGCAGCAUUGGCAGCGGCCGAGUUGGCCGGCGCUCAAGCAGGCAAAUCGGCUGCUUUAGCCGUCUAUCCGUUUCUGAGUAGUUCACACCAGAGUAGUGGUGGUAAUACACAAAAUAAUAAUAAUAAUAAUAACAGUAUUGUCGCUAAUUUAAAUCAACGAAGAAAUAGAGGCGCCAGAAGUGGUCGAUCUAAGAAUUGGACAACAAUUGAUAAUUAA